CGACACGGGACGUCAACAGUAAUGGCGGACAAGGAGAAACGCCGGUCCGGGGUUAAUCCUCCGGGGAUGCCCGCGGGUAAAGCCACCAAAUCGGACAGCGACAGGGAGUUUCUGUCGCAGGCAGGGGUGGGAGACCUGCUCCGCGGGGCUAUCCUCAAAAUGGUCGAAGCCAGAUCAGACGAUCCCAUCGGGUUCCUUGCAGACCACUUCUGCAACCUCGCAUCCGUGACAGCCGCCGGCUCGGGUGGUUGCGGCGACGAGGAGCAGGUGAACACUGGCACUGUGAGCGCAGGAGCGCAGGAGCAGCAGCGUCUCAACCGGGCUCUGUGGCACCUGCGGCUGGCCCAUCACUCCCAGAGAUCAGCAUUCAGCAACAAUGUCCGCGUGGCCUACGACCUCCUAAACCUCACUGGACCUCAAACAUGUGCAGGAGAGUUUUCUGAAGGCCCCGAUGGCCCCUGCACCGACAGCCCCGCUGGAGGAGGAGUAAGAGGCGGCCUCUACACUCAGACCUUGCAAUGCCUGUGCAGCGAGGGUGGAGUCCCUGCGUCCACCUCUGCUCCCCUCCUGCGACGCCUUCAUUGUCACGACCAUGAAGCCGUCCCCUAUGAUGUCUUCCGUCAUGGCGUGCUCACGUGUGCCGUUUUCUCAGACUACAUCCGACAGGCUCAAAGGCUUUACGCCGAGGUGUGCUGCCCAGGUGAGGGUACUGCCUCUCGGGCGCUGUGCCUGGCCGUACUGGGGACCUUGAAAGAAGCGCUAGAGACUUCCCAGGGCUCUGACACAAACUACUGUGCCAACGCAAACACUAAAGUGAAUUCCUGCCCUGAAGCUAAUGUGAAGGCUAUCCGCUACCUCGAGGCCAGUGCCAAGAUCUCUCCCUGCAAGCUGGCUCAGGCCAUGGCUGGUGCACAGACACGGGGGCCUGGCGGAAACAUGGAUGCAAAAGAGUUUGAAAACGCAGCUGCAGAGUUGUUCAUCACUCGAGUGAAAGUUGUGUCCUAAGUCUUUGUAUGACUGAAGAAUGUACAAGAAUCUAAAGCAUAUCCACAUGUAAAUAAUUCGCUAAUAUUCACCUUCUGUAACCUCUAACCUUACUGUUAUCCAGUAAUAAACACCUGCACAGACAUCAUCUCCUCUUAAGGCUCACAUUACACAGCAAGUCCAGUCGAAAACAUGUUGUUUGUUCACUAUUCAUAGCACUAUUGGGGAACUGCACACUGGUGUAUCGAUGACAAGGAGUUCUUUUUGCAAAAGAGGAGUUCCUAUUCCUUGAAAUCAGUAUUUCUUCUGACGGAGAGUCACUGUUUUUGAAGCUAUUUAUUGAAAUGCUUGGAGCAGAGAGCAUUACUAGUGAAAUAAACACUGCUGUAAUAAA